AUGAACUUCAGGAAAUGCGUGCAAAAGCUGGGCGCUCAUCUCUCCUGCUCAAAGCCUCGACACGGUGGCCUACGGAUUAAGACUGGGAAGGAUGUAGCCGUCAGCAACGCGGCACGAUCUCGGGAAAGGAUCAGCCACGACGGUAGACCUUGGCCGCUGAAGACGCCCUCGAACGAUGUCGACGACGUCGGCUCACCGGAGCGCUACGACGUAGUCGCAGUCGUGCUGCUGCACGACGUCUGCUUCGAGGCGUUGUACGACUACACGAGCCAUACGCUAGCGGUCUCCGGCAAAGUCUCCGGGAAAAUUGCUAUCGUGCGGCUCGACAUGAUCAUUGGCCACCCCCAGGGACCAGAUGGCGCUCCUGAGGUCAUCCUGUUCGAGGUGACGGAGUACACCCGCGUGGGGAUUUCCAAGCAAAGCGUUGGUGUUCUCAACGAAAAAAUAAUCAACGAGGUCACCGAAAAAGUUGUGCACACCUGCAUCGAGGACGCCAUGUCUUACCGCGUCCUUCCCGUGCUCAACAGCGCGCUCAAGGUCAUCCCAUAUCCAAAUUUCACCUAGUGGAAUAAAUGGUCCAUCUCUGCAAAAGUGUCUGUAAUAUUUUUCUAGAUUCAUGGCACUGCUUUUAAGCCACAAAGUGUGAAAGUUUCCGGUUACAAGGCUCACCUCACAUACACACAUUAUUGAACUUUCUUAGGAAUAAGAGUGAAAUGACUGCGCCCA